UAUUUUUCAUUUUGCAGUAAUUUUGACAUGGCUCUUUCCAGUAUCCUGACAGAAGCUGAAAUCGCUGCUGGUCUACAGAGCUGCCAAGCUGAUGAUACAUUUGAUUACAAAACCUUUUUUGUCAAAGUGGGUCUCAACUCCAAGUCCAAAGACCAAGUUGCCAAAGUCUUCGGAAUUCUUGACCAGGACAGGAGUGGCUUUAUUGAGGAAGARGAAUUGAAACUUUUCCUGAAGAAUUUCUCAGCCAGUGCCAGAGCUCUGACUGAUGCUGAGACCAAGGCGUUCCUGGCAGCAGGUGACAGUGAUGGAGAUGGCAAAAUCGGAGUGGAUGAGUUUCAAGCACUGGUCAAAUCAUAACCAGCAGUAAGAUAAAAACCAAGAUCUAUGUGCCAUAAACAACCUUUCCUAUUGCAAACCUACCACUUAUUUAAACAUUUUGUACCCUGAAAGGCCACGAAAAAUUGUUGGCAGUGAUUUCAUACUGCUGGAAAACAUCUGAAGUAGUACAAGCACUACUUGARCCACGCUCCCAGGUGUUUUAAGCAGAAGGUCUAUGCCACUGGUGGACUGAACUGGAAUCCACUCUGCUCAUCUGAAUUU